GGAAUACGAAUGCCUUUGCUAGUGGACUAGACUUCACAUUUCUAUUGUACGCACUGGCUUUGAACUUUGAAUACGAAAGUAGGCUACCUUUAUGGGGUUCUACAGAAUGGCACUGGCAAAAGGAGACCCCAAUCAGCUGGAACAUAGCCAGAAUGUGUUUGUAAGACUCUGGAAUCUCCCACAUGUCAUCAUCACAGUCAAAGUCAUAGGGAGAACAUACACCAGUGCAAAGGCAGCGAACAUGCUCCUGUCUUCAGUUUGUGAAGCAUGUGAACAAGGGGUGAGAAGUGCUGGCAGUCUGGCUGCCUGCACCAUGCAGCCUGCCAUCCUUAUCCUGCAGCCUCAGUUCAUAGCUGCUAACUUUCUGGCAUGCCAAGUGCUGGACCACCUGGAAGAGAAAAUGCUGGCCUUGCAGUACCCACCUGCAAAGCUUGCGGCAGGGAUGGCUGCACUGAUGUCUUCUGUCAUACAGAGCCCCGCUGUGCAGUACAUCCUCUACAGCAAGCUUUCUCGCCUGGCAGAGGAAGGCACAGACAGUGCGUUGACUUUCAGUGAGCACUUGGUCAAUUACAUACUCCCUGCAACUUCUGAGGAGAUAGAGGAAGAGGAGGCAUAUCGGGAGCAGAAGGCUAAUAGCGGCGCUGCUGGCCCUAAGCCUGGGAUCGCCAGACUGGGAGUGCUGGUGGCCACAGUCUGCAGACGUGCUUAUGGGCAAACAGCCGCCCAGCUCCAGCGAACCAGGAGUCAAGGACACCAGUUGGUCAAAAGCAUCCCCAGUGUGACUCCUCUGGUGGAUCUUGCAAAGGACAGCACAGCAGUGCUUCUGGAGGCUGUGGCCACAGCUAGACAGAAAGUGCUGGACAGCAUCUUUCCUGCACUGAUUUCUGGACGAUCUCCCAAGCCAACAGAAGAGAUACUUUACUCUGAGGGUGAAGGACCAAAAGCAGAAGACACAAAGAACCCCUCUGAUUGCUCUCCACCACUGAUGUCUAAUGGCACAGAUGAGAGGGCCAGCCACUCCCACGCCCCUGCUGGAGGGUCACUGAAAGAUCCCACAGAGCUCCAACCAUCUGAGGAGGUUCGCUUGCACCAUACAGAACAGAUCCUAGAGGAAAAUCACCCAGUACGUCCAUUGGAAAGUUGAUUUAUAAUCGUUAGAGAGCCGCUUCUUUGCUGAAAAUAUUGGAUAAAAUCAGCAGAUUGAUUGUUGAUGUGUGGUUUACCACAUCAGGUGAUCUGUGAUACCACAGGUGAGAAGCUAGAGAUCUUUGCUACAUACAGUAGCUCUUAAAUCUAGUGCAAAUGCCUUUGCUCAACUUAAAUUUCAUUGUACACAUUUGAAUAAUUUAGAUAACAAAGUAUCAGACCCAAUAUUAAAUAGUUAAAAUGAUAAAGUUACAGAAACUAUAGAAAUAGUUAAAAGAUUUCACAGCUCAUAGAUGCUUGUGACCCUAUUUUAAAUCACUAAUGAUUUUUAAUUGUAUUACAUUUUACAUUUUCAUCAUUUAGACUCUUAUCCAGGGUGAUUUAAGUAUAUUUAUAUUUUAUUUACUGUGUUUAUUGUCAUUUGUUUUUGUAUAAAAACAACAAAUGAAUAACAGAUUCUCAAGUACACAUCUGAGUACAUCUGCAACUGGUACAAGUGUGCUUCACUAAAGUGGUCCAUUAUAAACUUAUAGUGCUAAUUGCUUUUUAGUCACUACUUUUGAAGGAAUGUUCCACCUUACAGAGUUUUAACAUAAAGUAACACGUUCACUUACUUCUUUAUUAACCAGCUGCAAUUGAACAGAUUUUUUUGUAGGCUCUGAAUGUGUUCACCGUGCCUAUCAAUUACGCUCAGAUCUCAUAUGUAGUAAAAUCACAUUACUGCUUUGCUUUUGUAAUGUUAUUGUAUGUUUAAAUUCAGAGUAUAAAAAUAGUUUGCAUGUCAUAAAGAGUAUUUUUUGCUGUCAAAUUCCAUUUAGGAUGGUGUGAACAAAGAAUUUUCUCAAUAAAAUCCUUGCGUGUUUAUGCA